AUGGAUUUGGCAUCUCUGCCGGAUUUAUCUGAUCCUCCAGAGAGAAAUUUGACGGUAACGGAGGCUCAUGAUGAGACGAGGGUGGCAGGCAUAGCAGGAAAGGGUACAGAGAAGGUUAAUCAAAGCUGGGUCUCGGCGGCGAAAGAUAGAGAAUGUUUGAAGAAAUAUGAGGUUGAGGUAUCGAUGAAAGAGGGUAAGCACAUGGUGGAGAUCCCAGAUGAUGUUAUCUCUGAUUCAACACCACUGUGGGAGGAUUUUGUAGUUGGAAAAUUUUUGGAUCUGGCUCCUCAUGUAGCUAAGGUUCAUAUGGUUUUAAACAAGAUCUGGAAAUAUGGGGAUGAGUCUACAAGGGUGGAAGUAUACGAAGUGAAUGUUACUACGAUGAGAUUCAGAGUAUCAAGUUCAAAAGCGAGGGAGAAGAUUUUGAGAAGAGGGAUGUGGAAUAUUGCUGGAGUUCCAAUGGUGGUGGCAAACUGGUCCCCGAAAACGGAGGAAGAGAAACAGGAGGAAGAAGCAAUACCUAUGUGGGUUUAUGUGAGGAAAGUUCCUUUACAUAUGUUUUCAUGGGAGAGACUUAGUCUUAUAACCAGUCCCGUGGGGUUCCCAGUUCGGCUCCAUCCAGAAACGGCGCUACCAAAGGAGAUAAGCUUCACUAAGAAUGGGAAAGAGUUUACAGCUGAGUUUCAUUACCCUUGGUUGCCGUCGAGGUGCAAUGUUUGUGAUAAGUGGUGGCAUGUGGAGAGCGUAUGUGUGAUGAAGAGUAAAGAGAAGAAGAAAAAGGAAGUGAGUAUUGGGAAUUCUGAAGCUAAGCAGGAUGAAAUCUGUGAAGUUGAGUCAGAAAAGAAAGAGUUAGGUACUGGGAGGUCAGGGGAAAGGGUUGAGAAUAAUGAUACUGAAGAGCAUGGGAAUAUUAGGAAUGUAAUUGUUGGAGGGCAAGGUUCGAAAAGCUGGUCACUUGUAUCUCCAGCAAAAAUUAGAAGGUCAACUGCAAGUACUUCGAAAGGUUCUGAUGAGAUUCAGAUAUCAUCGUCAAAGUUCUCGGUCUUGUGUGAUGAAGCAGAGGAAGGGGAAAUUGUAGGAGAUGGACAACAUAGAGAUGAAGAAGAAACAGUUGAAGUAGAAGAAGUGGAUGAACAGGAAGAAGUCAGUGAGAAGGAUAUGUUGGAAGACAACAUUCUAGCUCAACAAGGCAAGGUGAAAGAGAAGGCUAUUGAGAAAAAAGGGUUGAAGAGAGGUCGUAAGGCUAAAGCUCAGGAUUUAAAUCUGGAGUGGCUGAUCAUGGGUAACUUCAAUGAAAUAUUGGAUGGUGAAGAGAAUUCAGCAUUUUCGGAGUUAGGAAGACUUCCAAGUGGUAUGAGAGAUUUCCAGAGGAUGGUUCUUCAAUGUAAUCUGGUGGAUAUGGGCUACCAAGUAUUUGAGCCAGGAGGCUGUUCUGAUCACUUGCGAUGCAAGGUUCAAUUGCUGCUGCCAAAUGAAAGAGUUCACAGGCCGUUCAAGUAUGUUAAUGCUCUAGGGAAACUCCCACAGUUUCUCUCUAUGGUGAAGGAGUUCUGGGAUUCAACGGAGGUGUUAUAUCAUUCAACGUCGGCAAUGUACAGAUUAUCUAAAAAACUGAAGAAUCUUAAGUCUCUCAUAAGAAAAAUGGGGAAGGAUCAGCUUGGUAAUCUAUCAAAAAGAGCAAAAGAGGGACAUGAUACACUUUGUGAAAAGCAGAAGCAUACUUUGACCAAUCCGAGCAGCAAUUCUAUUCAGGAGGAAGCACAAGCGUAUGAGAAAUGGUUACAUGUUGCAGAACUGGAAGAAGACUAUCUCAAGCAGAAAUCUAAGCUUUAUUGA